GACACUGUCCCAGCUGCCACCUCUACUCCGGAGCCCAGCGAAGACAUCCCAGCCAUGGCCAUGCAGAAAAUCUUUGCCCGCGAAAUCCUGGACUCCAGGGGCAACCCCACAGUGGAGGUGGACCUGCACACGGCCAAGGGCCGAUUCCGAGCUGCUGUGCCCAGCGGGGCUUCCACGGGUAUCUAUGAAGCUCUAGAACUGAGAGAUGGAGACAAAUCUCGCUACCUGGGCAAAGGGGUCCUGAAGGCUGUGGAACACAUCAACAAGACUCUGGGCCCCGCGCUGCUGGAAAAGAAACUAAGUGUGGUGGAUCAAGAAAAAGUGGACAAAUUUAUGAUCGAGCUGGAUGGGACAGAAAAUAAGUCCAAGUUUGGGGCCAAUGCCAUCCUGGGCGUGUCCCUGGCUGUGUGCAAGGCCGGAGCAGCCGAGAAGGGGGUCCCACUCUACCGUCACAUUGCAGAUCUCGCCGGCAACCCAGACCUGGUCCUCCCCGUCCCUGCCUUCAAUGUGAUCAAUGGGGGUUCCCAUGCGGGAAAUAAGCUGGCCAUGCAGGAGUUCAUGAUCCUGCCUGUGGGAGCCAGCUCCUUCAGGGAAGCCAUGCGCAUCGGCGCCGAGGUCUACCACCACCUCAAGGGGGUCAUCAAGGGCAAAUACGGGAAGGACGCCACCAAUGUGGGAGAUGAGGGCGGCUUUGCACCCAACAUCCUGGAGAACAAUGAAGCCCUGGAGCUGCUGAAGACGGCCAUCCAGGCAGCUGGUUACCCCGACAAGGUGGUGAUCGGCAUGGAUGUGGCGGCAUCUGAGUUCUACCGCAACGGGAAGUAUGAUCUCGACUUCAAGUCACCUGACGACCCCUCCCGGCACAUCACCGGGGAGAAGCUGGGGGAGCUGUACAAGAGUUUCAUCAAGAACUAUCCUGUGGUCUCCAUUGAGGACCCUUUUGACCAGGAUGACUGGAAGACCUGGACCUCCUUCCUCUCGGGGGUCAACAUCCAGAUCGUGGGGGAUGACCUCACAGUCACCAACCCUAAGAGGAUUGCCCAGGCAGUUGAGAAGAAGGCCUGCAACUGCCUGCUGCUGAAGGUCAACCAGAUCGGCUCUGUGACUGAAUCUAUCCAGGCCUGCAAACUGGCUCAGUCUAACGGCUGGGGGGUGAUGGUGAGCCACCGCUCCGGGGAGACGGAGGACACGUUCAUCGCCGACGUGGUGGGGCUUUGCACGGGACAGAUCAAGACCGGUGCCCCCUGCCGCUCAGAGCGUCUGGCCAAAUACAACCAGCUCAUGAGGAUUGAGGAGGCUCUUGGGGACAAGGCUGUCUUCGCUGGACGCAAGUUCCGUAACCCAAAGGCCAAGUGAGAAGGUGGAAGCCCCUGGAGCCCGCAGGGCAGAUCUGGGCCUUCAAGCCCUUCCCCCGAAAUAAACACUGGUGCCAAC